AUGUUAAUUACAACACUGCAAAUCGGUAUGAAAUUUCCUGAUAUGGAAAGCGUUCACUCAGCUCUAGAGAACUACUCAGUUGAAACAUCUUUGCCUUAUAAGUUUAGAACUAAUAACUCCAACAAACUACUUGUUGUUUGUCUCUUAUAUGAAGUGGAUGAAGCCAGUACUUGUUCUUUUAUAGUCUCUGCUCACAAAUGUAAAGAUGGUUAUAUUCAUAUUAUAAGAUUAAUUCAACAUGAUCAAAAUUGCUCAACCUUUUCAGAAACAUUUAAAGUACGUGAGUCAUAUCUUACUAAGUUCACUGCACUAUUAGUUGAGGAUAUAACAGCAUUUAAACCUUGUGAUAUUGUGAAUCAUCUUUGCACAGAAGUGGGUGCUGAGGCAUCAUAUAUGAAAGCUUGGAGAAGUCAAGCUAUUAAUAAAAAACAUAGUGCAGAAGAAAUAGAAAAGAGUUACCAACAUAUAAAUUCACUACUUAACAAUCUGCUAAUUGAGAAUUCAGAAAGUGUUACUACAUUUAAGUCAAGUUACAAAGAUGUGUAUUUUAGUGUAAGUAUGAUUAAUAGUAAGAACAGGCUUGUUCCUAUAGCAUUCGCUAUUUGUUCUGUUAAAAAUUCUAAUAACUGGACAUGGUUUUGUGAGCAUUUGCAUAUGACUUUUCCAUUUAUGAAUAUGAUUAAGACUAUAAUUAUAAGUGAUCGUAAAAAGCACAUCGAAAAAAAUGUUAAUACAAAAUUUAAAACAAAGCUUGGAGGUAAAAUCUGGGCUGUGGCUAAAGCAUUACAUGUAGAAGAAUUUAACAAAAUAAUAGAAGAAAUUUCUGAUUUACAUGAGGAGGCAUCUAUUUAUCUUAGUAAAAUACCUUCUGCAAAAUGGACUCUUAGCAAAUAUUCUUGA